GAAACGAAACGGCGGGCAGUUUUGAGUGAAUCUAACGUUUUUACCGUGCUCAGUGGUUUGAAUUUAGUGGCGUUUCAAACUGCUGUAUAAAUACGAGUCACGUUCGGAAGCCUGACUAUGUCUACAAAUAUAACUCAUCAACCUUCACAUAUUGCUCAUGAUCAGCGUUCAGUUAGUAACAAGUCUUGGUUCCACGGUUGUACGGUGUGGUUUACAGGUCUCAGUGGAGCUGGCAAAACGACUUUGGCAUUUGCUCUGGAACAUCAUCUGGUUAAUCGAGGCAUAUCAGCUUAUGUAUUAGACGGAGAUAAUAUUCGCUCUGGUUUAAAUAAAAAUUUAGGAUUCAGUGAUGAAGAUCGUGUGGAAAAUAUCCGACGUGUCAGUGAAGUAGCUAGGUUAUUUGCUGAUGCAAAUAAUAUUUGUCUAACUAGUUUUAUUAGCCCGUUUGAAAGUGAUAGAAAUGCAGCUCGCAUGUUGCACUCUCAAAACAAUCUACCAUUCUUUGAAGUUUUUCUAGCUACCCCAAUUGAAGUAUGUGAACGACGUGAUGUAAAAGGGUUAUAUAAACGUGCACGUGCUGGUGAAAUAAAAAAUUUUACUGGUAUCUCUGCAAUUUAUGAAAAUCCAACAAAUCCCGAUUUAAUUUUAAAUACUGAAUUGUAUUCUGUUCAAGAGUGUGUAUCUAAAUGUGUACAAAUGUUAGCUACAGCUGGACUAGUGCCUAACUGUGAUGAAGUAAAUCCAUUUGGUGGUCCUAUGCCCAAAGAAUUAUAUGUGACCGAUCCUCUAGAAGUUCAAAAAUUAAAGGCACAAUGUUUAAGUCUACCCCAUUUAGAAAUUACAGAAUUGGAUCUUCAGUGGAUACAAACACUAGCUGAAGGUUGGGCUACACCAUUAAAUGGUUUUAUGCGUGAAAAUGAAUAUUUGCAAGUUCUCUAUUUUGGUCAAUUACAAGUAUCAGACUGUUCAGUGAUCACAAAUUUCCCGAUUCCAAUUGUAUUAGCUAUAUCAAAUGAGGAUAAAGAAAGAUUUCAUGGGAAUGGUUCAUCGAUAGCUUUCGUAUAUAAAAGUAAUAUAAUUGGAAUGUUACAAAAUUGUGAAUUUUUCCCUCAUCGUAAAGAAGAACGAUGUUGUCAUAUAUUUGGAACUAAUCAUAUAAAUCAUCCAACUAUAAAAAUGAUUAUGUCAUCUGGUGAUUGGUUAGUUGGCGGUGAUUUAAAAGUAUUCGAAAGAAUCAAAUGGAAUGAUGGUUUAGAUCAGUAUCGUUUAAUGCCAAAAGAAUUACAUAGUGAAUUAGUAAAAAUGAAGGCUGACUGUGUCUUUGCCUUUCAACUGAGAAAUCCUAUACAUAACGGUCAUGCAUUAUUAAUGACUGAAACUAGACAACAAUUAUUAGAAAAACAUGGAUAUCAUAAUCCUGUGUUAUUACUUCAUCCACUUGGAGGUUGGACAAAGUCAGAUGAUGUUCCACUCAAUAUACGUAUAGCUCAACAUGAAGCUUGUUUAGAUGAAGGUGUUCUUGAUCGUGAUACAACUUUAUUGGCAAUAUUUCCUUCACCAAUGUUAUACGCCGGACCACGUGAAGUUCAAUGGCAUGCUCGUACGCGAAUGUUAGCUGGUGCUCAGUAUUAUAUAGUUGGACGAGAUCCAGCGGGUUUACCUCAUCCUAAUGGAACAGGUGUUGAUUUAUAUGAUCCAUCUCAUGGUGCUAAGAUUGCAAAAUCCAACAAUUAUUAGUGUAGUUGAGUUGUCUUGGCUGCAUGGUUUAAUCUCAGAGCUUUCACUAUCACUCGUUAGUGUUUCCUUCAUGUAGAAGUAUUAUCUAUGGCUCCUGGUUUAUCCAACUUGAAAAUUAUUCCAUUUCGUGUUGCUGCCUAUGACAAGACAAUCAACAAAAUGUCAUUUUUCGAUUCAAAACGUUCAUCAGAUUUUCUAUUUAUAUCUGGUACUAAAAUGCGUACAUUAGCUCGUGAAGGUGUGGAACCACCGAAUGGAUUUAUGGCCGAGAAAGCAUGGAAGGUUUUGUCAAAUUAUUAUUGUCAAUUAAAUAAAUCUGUUUAAUUGAAUAAAUGAAAACAAAACAAAAUCUGAAUGAGAUUAAAGAGAUUGUAUGUUUGUUUUUCUUUCAAUGAAUAAACUAUUUAUUUAUCAGUACAAGUGCAUAUUGUUUCACCAUUUCUAAUGUUUAUUACUCAUUUUCUAUUUAUUCACAUAUCUAUAUAUUUUUAUGUGUGUGUGUGUGUACCUGGCUGAAAUCUACGUUUAUUCUUUAGAGAACCUGUGCUCUAUGUUUGUUUUAAUAGUUUUUUUUACUCUUUUAUAAGAUCGUUUGUCUAAAUUUGAUCAAAUAAUUUUACGGGAUUUGGGUGCCGUGUUGAUAUGAGAUGUUAAAGGUGAUUAAUGUAUUUUAUUUUGCCUUCUUAUUUGCUGGUUGAUUUGUUUUGUCUCAUGUUGUUGUUGUCUUUGCUUUUCAACAUAAUUUCUUUGAAUUGGCUUGCUUUUAAUUUCAUACUUAAGCGUUCUUUACUCUUCUCCUUUCAUGAGAAGUAAAUAUUUCUUUCCGUUUUUUCUCUCUUGUAUUAUUGUCUCUUAUAUAUCUAUGUGAUUAACUGCUUCUCAGUUUUCGGUUAAUCAUAAUUGCAGUAAGCUGUCACAAUUAUUAUCUCAUCACUACAUCAAUCUAACUGAUUUAUCAUUCAUAAGUUAACGAACUAAGUUAAUUCGGCUGUUAUUUUUGAAAUUUCCUCACUUUUCUUCAAUUCAUCUACAGUUGUUGAUAUUGCUGUCUUUUCCUCUUCUUCACAAUUUCAAUAUUUCUAUUUUGAAUUCCAAUAUCUCUUUACACUUUCAUACAUACAUACAUACCUUCUUACUCUAUCAUAUCAGACCAUCUUCUCAUCGUUACUACAGUUAUUUCAUCUUAUCAUGCUAAUCUGAUAACGACUAAUCCAUAUCUGUCCGAUAAUCUAUGCUGAAGAUGUUUUAUCUACUAAAUAAUCAUUUAUGUGCCUAGACAAAAAAGAACACAAAACAAGUGUUAUUGUGAUAAUAGAAAUAUCUUUUUCUGUUUUUCUGUGACUUUUUUUUGUUUUGAUCACAAUCGGUUUUCUUGUUUGUUUGUUUUUAACUUGGACUAUUAUGUAAUUUUCUUUCUACUGGUUAUUUUGCAAAAGAUUGAUUUAUUGAAUAAUUAUUUUUUAUGUUUGUAUUUUUACGUGCCUAUAGGAAUACAUGUGUUUUUUUUGGGGGGGGGGAAUGUCGAAGUCCUCUGUUUUAUACCAGAAUGUAUGAAAAUUCCUUCUGUUUUAUUUCAUACGUAUAGCUCUAUAAAAUAUAGAUGAUUUUGUGUUGACUUGUUUUUAAUUAACUUAUGUUCCUCUACAACUGACGUAUAUUUG